GAUGAAUGUUGGGUAGGCAGCUGUCAGUCUUGGCCAGAAUUAUGCCUUCGGGUACUCAAGAUCCCUUUACACUCUUCUCCCAAAUAGAAGAAGUAGAGCCAUCCUUCCCAAGGAUGAUAUCCCCAACGUUUUAUGUUGAAGUUUCUUUGUGAUAACUGUCCCAUAACUUAAAAGAAUACUCAGAUUCAAAGCCCCAAUAUACCACGAUGCAAUGAGAAUUGUGAAUCCACAAUGGAAACUCCUAAUGAGGAAAAGAAAAACGGGGAGAUGCAGCAGGCACUGUUCUACUGCAAUUAACCAAGGCCAGUGGGAAGGAAAGGUCUCGCCGUGUCACCCAGGCUGGAGUGCAGUGGCACAGUCAUUGCAGCCUUCGCCUCCCGGGUUCAAGCGAUCCUCCCACCUCAGCCCCAGCCCCUCAGCUGGAACUAGAGGCACGCACCACCACGCCCAGGAGUGGACAAAAUGGAGACAAAUUCCUCUCUCCCCACGAACAUCUCUGGAGGGCCACCUGCUGUAGCUGCUAGCUAUCUCUUCCUGGAUAUCUUCACUUAUCUGGUAUUUGCAGUCACCUUUGUCCUCGGGGUCCUGGGCAACGGGCUUGUGAUCUGGGUGGCUGGAUUCCGGAUGACACACACAGUCACCACCAUCAGUUACCUGAACCUGGCUGUGGCUGACUUCUGUUUCACCUCCACUUUGCCGUUCUUAGUGGUCGUGAAGGUCAUGAGAGGACAUUGGCCUUUCGGUUGGUUCCUGUGCAAAUUCAUCUUUAGCAUAGUGGAUAUCAAUUUGUUUGGAAGUGUCUUCCUGAUCGCCCUCAUUGCUCUGGACCGCUGUAUUUGUGUCCUGCAUCCAGUCUGGACCCAGAACCACCGCACCGUGAGCCUGGCCAAGAAGGUGAUCAUCGGGCCCUGGGUGAUGGCUCUGCUCCUCACAUUGCCAGUUAUCAUUCGUGUGACUACAGUACCUGGUAAACUCGGGCCAGGGACAGUAGCCUGCACUUUUGACUUUUCACCCUGGACCGAUGACCCUGUGGAGAAGCGGAAGGUGACCAUUGCCAUGUUGACGGUGAGAGGCAUCAUCCGGUUCAUCAUUGGCUUCAGCGUGCCCAUGUCCAUCGUCGUUGUCAGUUAUGGGCUUAUUGCCACCAAGAUCCACAAGCAAGGCUUAAUUAAGUCCAGUCGUCCCUUGCGGGUCCUCUCCUUUGUCGUAGCUGCCUUUUUUCUCUGCUGGUUCCCAUAUCAGGUGGUGGCCUUCAUAGCCACAGUUAGACUCCAUAACAUAUUACAAGGCCUGUCCAAAGAACUUAGAAUUGCAGUGGAUGUGACAAGUGCCCUGGCCUUCUUCAACAGCUGCCUCAACCCGAUGCUCUAUGUCUUCAUGGGCCAGGACUUCCGGGAGAGGCUGAUCCACUCCCUGCCCGCCAGUCUGGAGAGGGCCCUAACCGAGGACUCAGCCCAAACCAGUGACACAGCUACCGAUUCUACUUUACCUUCUGCAGAGGUGCAGUUACAGGCGAAGUGAGGAGGGAGCUGGGGACACUUUCGAGCUCCCAGCUCCAGCUUUGUCUCACCUUGGGUUAGGCUGAGCCACAGGCAUUUCCUGCUUAUUUUAGGGUUACCCACUCAUCAGAAAAAAAAGCCUUUAUGUCCCCUGAUUUCGGGAGAAUAAACAGAUAUGCGUUUAUUA